AUGUUGAAUCUCAAAUUUGGGGAGAUUGAUAGUUGGAGCAUUGCUUUACCACGUCUCUUUCUCCUUCGAUCCAAGUCUACUGCAUUGGGGAUUCAAUUGUCUUUAACGGGUCGACAACCUCUUCUCUUUUCAGGUUUGCUGCUACUGAGUUUGUUGAAGACUAACAGCGCCCAGUACGAUAAUCUGUACUCGUUCGUGCACCUACUCCCCAACAACGACCUCUUCAUCUUCGCCAACAAGGAUAGCAUCCUAUUCAACUGGCAAACCCACACCAUUGUGAAAAACGUCCCCACCUUGGCCGGCGGGCCUCGCAACUAUCCUUCGGCCGGGAGCUCUGUCAUGCUGCCACUCACGGCCGCCGACAACUACGAAGGCGUGGAGGUGCUGGUGUGCGGAGGAGCCGCGGAGGGAGCGUACAACAACCCAACUGCACAGUAUGACGCCCUCAACACGUGCGGACGCAUAAACCCUCUGGCCGGGACGCCAAGAUGGGCGACGGAAACCAUGCCCCAGCGGCGCACCAUGGGUGACAUGAUCCUGGUCCCCACGGGUGGCGUGAUCAUCAUCAACGGCGCCAGCAAGGGAUCGCAGGGAUGGGGCUUUGCCAGCGACCUCGUGUGUACGCCGGUGCUGUACAGCCCGAGAGCAGCCGUUGGGCGAUGCCUCCAGACGCUGGCUGGGUCGGGCAUCCCCCGCAUGUGCAACUCCACCGCCAAUCUGCUGGCGGACGGGCGCAUUCUGGUGGCUGGCAGCAGCACCCACUGGUUCAACACUGUUAACGGCGAGUUCCCCACGGAGCUCACGAUCGACCUCCUUAUUUGGGCGGCGACAGGCCUGAGCUGGCCGUGGGCGGAGCGCUCGGGCGUGCCUGUUGCUCAAUUCGUUAAUGUCAGCGUGGGUGUGUGGGUGCGCGCUUGUGUGGGCGGGUUCAUUAAUGCAAGUUUGAUGGAAUUGGUGGCGAGCGGGUUGAGGCAUUGCGCAUGGAGUUGCUUAAGAGUGGGAGUGAAGAAAGGGGGCCAGAGAUUGCUGUGGUUGGGAGUGACGGCUCCAGCGGCCGCAGGUGCGGGCAAGUAUACGGUGGAUGCAACGGCACCGCCGAGCUCCACCAUUGCGCCCGCAGGGUACUACAUGUUAUUCGCGGUUGCAAAUGGCGUGCCCAGUUAUGUCAGCUGGGGGAUGGUGGGUCAAGAGUAG